CUUAUCUGAAUCUGAACCCGACGCGAUGGGAUAAACUCCAACCCAUUUUCCAAAAGUCCCAUUUUUUUCGACUCGGCGCCUCUCGCGCUACAUUGCUGAUAGAUUCCAGAUUCUCGUCUCUCCCAUCAUCACCCUAACAAUCUCUCUCGCUCUCGCCUCAAUCGCCUCUCCUUCCCAUUUCCCUUUCUCUUUCUUCCAACCCCCUUUCGCUCUCGCGCCAAAUCGGCCUCGUUCCUCUCAUCUUCUUCUUCUCUCUAGGCUGAGAGGCUUUUUGUCGGCUUCUUCUUCUUCUUGGCCGGCAUGGAAGAACCCGUCGACUUCCAUGACUGGGAGCUCCUCCAGACCUCUGAAGUGGCCGAAAAUGUGAAGCCUUUGACGGAGUUGGAGGCGGAACCCGAUGACGGCGGGGCCAUCAAGUCCGACUACUUCGCCCUGGACUCCGACGCGCGGUACCCCAAAAGAGCCGCCUUGGGAGGAGGGGCCAGCGAGGAGGAGGGCCUUGCGGACUCCGAUAACCCUAGCUGGGUCGAACCCGAAUCCAAUUCCCGGUACCUCGACCGUCCGCGAAGGGAUUUCGGCGGGUUCUGGUCCGACGAGUCGUCGGAUGGCCAAAGGUCGCAGAUUGGUAGCGAAAAGGGGGAGCUUGCCCGUGCGGAAGAUUCGAAGUUUGGAUUGGGGUUCGAAGGGAUCGAGGAUGGGCAUCAGAUUUCCGAUGGGGAGGAAGAUAGGAAAGAAGCGAGUUCUGGGGGAAUUAGGGAGAUUGGAGGAGGCGAGAUGGAGAACGAGAAGCCUGGCAAACUAGGCUCUGAUGUAUCGGCGGAAAUGGGGGAGAAGAGAAUGAGUUCGAAGAACGUCUCGGUUGGUGAAGAAGAGAAGAUGGGAAUGGUAUGGUGGAAGCUGCCUUUGGAGUUCCUAAAGUUCUGUGUUUUUAGGGUGAAGCCGGUAUGGUCCAUCUCGAUAGCCGCUGCUAUUUUGGGGUUAGUGAUGCUCGGAAGGAGAUUGCAUAAGAUGAAGCACAAGAGCCGAAGCAUUUCACUCAAGAUCAGCAUUGACGACAAGAAGGCAACCCACUUCAAGAUCCAUGCUUCACGUCUAAAUGAAGCAUUCUCAGUGGUGAGGCGUGUUCCCGUCUUAAGAGCUUCGCUCCCAGCUGGCGGUGUGACCCCAUGGCCUGUGGUGGGCUUUCAAUGAGUUGAUGAGCCCAGAUAUAUGGAAGAAAUGUACUUGAAGCGCAGGAGGCACACCUCAUUCGCCCUAUUUCUCUGUAUAUAUCCUUUUCAAGUUAUGCAGCAGACCUCCACAUCUAAAUGUGUGUGUUAGAUUGACUCAUCUCAUUUCAGGGCCUGGCUUGUCACUGUUGUCCAUAUGUUUGCUUUGCAAUGGUCCCCUGGCAGUCAACUAUUUAUUAUAUAAUUAUGUUUUUACAAAUUAAAGGUUCCCUAUUUGCCAA